CCACAUCACAUCUUAAUCUUGUAUCAUGUCUUUCACUAGCUACUGUUUGAUCCUUUUUUGUUCACUUCUCCUCUCCAUUUCUUCUUAUUGCAUAGGCCAAACUUCUCCCCAGACCAAAGCAUUCAUCCUUCCUGUGACCAAAGACUCAUCUACUCUCCAAUACAUCACACAAAUUGGUCAAAGAACUCCUCUUGUGCCCAUUAAGUUAACAAUUCAUCUUGGUGGACAAACUUUAUGGGUAGACUGUGAGAAUGGUUAUGUGAGUUCCACUUAUCAACCGCUUCUUUGUGGCUCAACUCAAUGUACCAUAGCCAAAGUUGACACUUGUGCAAACUGCAGCACCAGUGCUCCCAAGAUUGGCUGCAACGAUAAUGCAUGUUACAACACCCCAGAGAAUCCAUUCAUCAAGACUUUGUAUAGUGGUGGUGAAAUUAAUGAAGAUGUGUUAUCGAUACAGUCUACUGAUGGAUCAAAUCCUGGUAAGUUUGUUAAGAUUCCAAGCUUCAUUUUCACUUGUGUUCCUACAUUCUUGACUGAAGGUUUAGCUAGUGGGGUGAAAGGUACUGUUGGAUUGGGAAGGAAUCGUAUCGCGCUUCCUUCCCAAUUAGCUGAAAUCUUCAGCUUUCCAAGAAAAUUUGCUGUUUGUUUAAGUUCAUCCACACAAUCUUCUGGUGUCAUAUUUUUUGGUGAUGGCAUGAUGCUUCCAAAUAUUGAUGUGUCAAAAGAUCUCAUCAUUACGCCGUUGAUCACCAACCCUUUUGGUACUGGAUCUGUUCCUUCCCUGAAUGAACCUUCCUCAGAGUACUACAUUGGAGUGAAAUCUAUUAGAGUCAAUGGCAAACCAGUGACAAUUAACAAAAAAUUGCUAGGGGUUGACAAGAGCGGAAAUGGUGGAACCAAAAUCAGCACAGGGAGUCCUUAUUCAAUGUUGGAAUCUUCCAUCUAUGAUGUUGUGACUAAAGCAUUCAUCGAUGAGUUAUCAAAUGCAACUAGAGUGGCUGCUGUGGCACCUUUUGAGACAUGCUUCAGCUCAAAAAGUGUUGGUAGCACAAGGGUUGGACCAGCUGUUCCUACCAUUGAUCUUGUGUUGCAGACUACACGAGUUUAUUGGAGGAUUUUUGGCGCAAAUUCAAUGGUGAAAGUUAGCCAAGAUGUGAUUUGCUUAGGAUUUGUGAACGGGGGGAUUAAACGUACUGCUUCAAUAGUUAUAGGAGGAUAUCAACUUGAGGACAAUCUUCUACAUUUUGAUCUUGCUAGAUCAACACUUGGUUUUAGCUCAUCCCUUUUGUUCCACCAAACUACAUGUGCCAAUUUCAACUUCACAACUAAAGCUUAAAAAGCUGUCUUUCAGCACUAUCUUUACCCCCUUC